CCCGCCAUGUUGGACAAACCCACCGAGUACAGGAGCAGUGGCCGCCGUGGAGGGAACGGGGGAAUGGUCUGAAUACGUGCGCGGACGUUUAAUGUUUAUAUGAUCUCCAUAUCUAUGCAGCGGACUAAUUAACUAAGUGACAGAUCUGUGGAAGGACGUGGUUCGGGGAUAUUUUAUUCCUCGUUAAAAAGGACUUGUCGGUAGAGGAUGACUUCCCUGACCCAAAGGAGCUCGGGCCUGGUGCAGAGGCGAACUGAAGCCUCGCGCUCAGCUGCAGCCGACAAGGAGAGGGGAUCUGGGGACGAGGACUACGAUGCUCGACGCGCCGAUGAACAAGACGACGAUGACAGCGGAGAUUCCAAAGAAACGCGACUUACUCUUAUGGAAGAAGUAUUGCUUCUGGGACUGAAGGACCGAGAGGGCUACACGUCGUUCUGGAAUGACUGCAUCUCGUCGGGUCUUCGGGGCUGCAUGCUCAUCGAGCUGGCCCUGCGCGGACGCCUGCAGCUGGAGGCAUGUGGCAUGAGGAGGAAAAGCCUGCUGGCCCGCAAGGUGAUCUGCAAGUCAGACGCGCCCACGGGAGACGUGCUGUUGGACGAGGCUCUCAAACACAUCAAGGACACACAGCCCCCGGAGACCGUGCAGAGCUGGAUCGAGCUACUCAGUGGCGAGACCUGGAACCCGCUGAAGCUGCACUACCAGCUGCGCAACGUGCGCGAGCGUCUGGCCAAGAACCUGGUGGAGAAGGGCGUGCUCACCACCGAGAAGCAGAACUUCCUGCUCUUCGACAUGACCACGCACCCGCUGACCAACAGCCCCAUCAAGCAGCGGCUCAUCAAGAAGGUGCAGGAGGCGGUGCUGGAGAAAUGGGUCAACGACCCGCACCGCAUGGACAAGCGGCUGCUGGCCCUGAUCUUCCUGGCGCACUCGUCCGACGUGCUGGAGAACGCCUUCGCGCCGCUGCUGGACGAGCAGUACGACCUGGCCAUGAAGCGCGUGCGGCAGCUGCUGGACCUGGAGCCUGAGGGGGAGAGCAUGAAGACCAACGCCAACGAGCUGCUGUGGGCCGUGGUGGCCGCCUUCACCAAAUGAAGACCCCAAGUUUGGAGAACGCUGCAUGGUGGAUGGUUGGUUGGUGGGUGGGUGGAGGGUGGAGGCAGGCUUGCGGGCCCAUGGAGAUGGAGGAGGAGGAGGAGGAGGAGGAGGAGGAUGGGAGAGGCGGGGGGGUGAACUUUCUGCCCCUGGUCCUCCAGUGUUGUUUCUGCCUCUGCUCCUGUUCAUGGUCCCUCCCACUCCUCCUCUAGUUGGGUUUUUGGGUCCCCUUGGUCCUCUCCCCCUCCUCCUCCUCCUCCUCCUCCUCCACCUCCUAUUCUGCCGAUUGGGAUUGGACUCAGUGGAUUACAGAGAAAAAAAAACGAAGGGAGAGAUGGAGAGAAGAAAGGAAGAGGAUGAGAGGGGUGAGCAGCGGACAGUAGACUUGGACUCUUGCGCUCUCACAUUCUCCUCGUCUCUCUCUCUCUCUCUCUCUCUCUCUCUCUCUCUCUCUCUCUCUCUCUCUCUCUCUCUCUCUCUCUCUCUCUCUCUCUCUCUCUCUCCCUGUCUCUCUCUCUCUCUUUCUCUCUCUCCUGCUCUUGUCCUCACUCUCAAAUAUUAGCCCAAAUAUUUUGAAAAGGAUGGAUGCCUCCUGAGUCGGUCUUGGUUUAUGCCCCCCACUCCCCAUCCUCUGUAGAUAGUAACCCCCCCUCCACACACACACACACUCACAACAAAAAACCCAGCACCCCCUACACUCUUGCCCUCCCUGUCUGUUCUCAAUGCGAUGUCAUUGAAACGAUUGCAGUCAAUUUCUUUUCUCGACCCCUGUUGUUCGGGGAAGGGAAAGAAAAAAGCAUGCCAGUUCCUGCCCCAGUGACGAUGUUGUGCGGGACCUCUGAGACUUGUUGGGGAGUCCACCUAACAUGUACAGACUCUUGGCAAUGCACACACACUCUCUUGGGCACCCCCGCCCCAUACAGCAUCCUUUGGACAAAUCAUGUGGCUUCAGAUACGUGUCCAUAUUGACUUGAGUGUGACAGUCCCAGUUUCACGGAAUAAAGAGAGCAAAGGAAGACAAAAAAUAAACAAAUAAAAUAUGCAGGGAUGAGUGUCUUGGGUACAGUCUGCAGUUUGCAGUACAGCCUGCAUUACCUAUUCGGGGUGGAUUGCAAAAAAUAAAAGGCAAAUCUGUUCAUUUUGAAGAUGCCGCUAAUGGAAAAUUUUGAUCGUGAGCCUGAUUCCAAAAUAAAUUCAACUACAUUAAAGUGAAUAAAAAAAACCCUGGAAACAUAGUUAAGGAAAUGUAUGUGUGCGUGUGAAUUGUAAAUUAAAUUUAUUAUUAAAAGAAAAUUAAAAGCAUUCUCACGCAUCUGGGUGAAGUGGGUAGUUGCAUUCGGUUCCCGACCCGUAUGUCUGUGUGUACCACUUAGAAAAGGAAAGUUUAUACAUGGAUAUGAAUAGCAAUUUAAAUCGAAACCAGUUGGCCAGAACUCACAAUUUUGGCUCACAUCUGUUUUUAACAUCACCACAAUUUAAACAAACAAAAAAAAGCAACAAGAAGGCGAGUCACCUCUUUUGCGAAGGUUACUGGAGCACUGGAGUCGCACAGUCCACCGUCUAAAAAACCCUUACGAGCAACUUGGGAGGUUUUGUCAGAGACUUCAGGAUGGGAUAUGCUGGCAACUCUGUAUCUUGCUCCUGGUUAGGACGAGAGACAUGGAUGUUCUCAGCCAUCUGUGUCCAGUUUACUGGAGCACAGGGCCUUUGACUGCCGUCGCGUACACCCCAGCAGGCCUCGCUCUCUGUCUGCCUGUUGGACUGGCCUCCUCCCCCUGGAGGGGGGUCGGGUCGCUCAUAUAGACAGGUGAGGUCCUGUGUGGGUAGGAGCACCAUACUGGAAAGAGUAGAUGUCUGCGCACUGUAGCUCCACUUCGAAAAUUCCUUCAGCUCAUACGACGUUUUGACCCAACAGGGUCUUCAUCAGGCAUGUCUACAGUGUGCGGACAUCUACUCUUUUCACUAUCAGAUACGCCUUUUGUUCUGCACCUGGCCUCAGAGAGGUGGGAUGUGCAUACUCUUACUCUUAUCAUAUGAAGAUUACAUAGGAACACUAUACUCCCAUCUGACUGAGGGGCAGUUGCAUUGCAGGGAGUAUUCUGCUAUCAAACGGAACUUUUUCAGUAUUAGGCUUAAAACAAGUUCCGGAAUACUCUGUUUCCAUUCGUGGAGCUUCCAUUCCUACUACGAGAAUACAACCGCAUUCAAAAAGAAGAAAUUUGAGUUUGGAAUAAACGAAUGAGUUUACAUGACUCGUGCGUAAAUUUACUAAUAUUCUGUUUGAAAUCGUAAUAUUCCCUGCAGCUAUUGUGAUAAACGCUCCGGCCCAGUUGAAUCCAUAUGAUGGAUGGGAGAAAAGGGGACGGGGUAAAAUAGAGUAAAAUAAUGAGUCCUGGUCUGGAUUGGCCUUGUGUUCUGGUUAAAGGCGAUACUCGAGGGCUUAACUCCUUUUUCCAGUGAGUGCAUGAGGUGGUUCACUUCUUGUCGCUGUUCAUGUUGAGCAGCCUGUCAAGACGGCCCAGUGGCUUUUAGUUGUUGACCCUUUAUUUUUUAGUUUUUAUUUUCAUCUCUCUUUCUCUUUACUCAUCACAUGCCUCUUACACUAUGCUCUACCUCUCAAGACACUUUAUUUCCCUUUUCAGUUUCUUGAACUUUUUUUUUUUUUUUUUUUUUUCAAAAAGCGUCAUGUCAUUCUUUGUGUCUUUGGUCAGUUGGCCAGUUGAUGGAAAAGAAAAGGCCGGCCAUCUCUGCUUGUUGUUCAAGUGUAAUCAUGCCUCUUUUCGUUCAUUUGGUAUCUGAGGAUCACUCUAAUAUUUGCUAAAUAGAGAAUUUAGCACACAGUCCAUUUAGGAGGACUGUGUCUGGUCUGUUCCAUCACUUCCUCUCUGUGUAUGACUGCAUGUAGUUAUGCAUUGACGCAUUGAUCGGGUUGUUUUUGGCAUACAGCCACCAAUGUGCUCCUCCAAGUCAACUCAUUACAAUAUUUGGCUAACGGAGGCUGUUUGGUUAUACAAUGUACGUAAAGCAUUGUUACGUAUUCAAAAUGGGGUUUCUUUCUCACCCAGAGACAAAUGUUAUGGUUUUUGAUUUGUACUGUUUCACCCCUCAGUCUCCCUUUGCAUUUUCAUGUUAGUGAUGGUGUGUAUGGCCGUCGUAAAUUCAGAUUCAUCGAUAUGAAUAAAUCAAAACAAAUGUUUAUUUUCUGUAUGCGCCCAGUCUGAAUUGUGUUCAACAGUCCACACGAGCGUUGUGCCAGCAGUUCUGUAGUAGUUGUCCAAAGGUCGAUCAGUGGUGCAGGCUAUUCUAGAAAGCAUGUUAACUCAGGGCAAAUGCCACAUCUAAUAGUAGACAUACCCAUUUGAUUUUAAAGUCAUUUAUAUUUUUCCUACAGGACUGAAUCCGUAUGGCCACUCUGUUAAGAGAGAUGCCAUUUACUCUGAGUUGACUGAGUUGAUAUGCUACUAAACCGUCUCUAACUAACCCACCUGCUUGACAUAGCCCCCAUACAUUGCACAGUGAUGACUGACUGACCAGCCCUGUUUCAGCCCAGCUGUGGCAUGAGUGCAUAGCAGUCUGAGCUUGUCUGAGGUUUCAGCAUUUCCAGUGCAGCAUCCAGUAUUUGCUAUUGGUGAUUGCUCACUGAUCACUAUGGUUGGAGAUGCCCAACUAGCUGCACGGUGUUGGUGUGUUUCUACUACAGGGGUGUGUUACAGAAAGUUGGUCUAAUGACUUAUGUCCAGAUGUUGACUCAGGCCAGUGGUAAAUUGUCUAAUUCAGGAGACUUUUGAUUCUGUUUCCAUAGAGGAUGAAGCUAUCGCAGUCUUCUAUUGAUAGUUUUAUCACUCACUCUUGAGUUCACUUGUCUGGUUUAGUCGGUAAACCACAGACACGUACUGGGAAAUAGCCCUUCAUUUGUACGUCUCCUCCUUUCUUUACUGGACUGGACUUGUAAACGUGUUUUCUAAAUAAUUUUAAAAUCAUUUUCUUUUAUUCUUCAAAAUCAUGUUCGUUUUUUUUUCAUGCCAUGCCGCUUUGCUUUGUUUUUUUCCUCUUUUUUUUUGUUCUUUUUUAAAAAUGUCUCUCUGGUUAAAUGCAAUCACUUUGACAUGACAUGUUUUUCGUUUCUUUUCAUUAAUUAUUGUACAUGUAUGCAUUAAAGGCUGCACACCUACUAGCUGCUUUUCGCAUAUUGCUGUAUGUAGCAGAGAUAAUAGAAAGGUUGAUUUGAUGCUAUUGAUUUACAUAAUAACCUACAGCCCAGGGGGAUGGUGGAUUUUGCGAUAAUAGGCUAUAAACAUUAUUUUUCUUUAUUUGUGAGUGAGUGUGCGUGUGUACAUAUGUGUGCGUGUUUUAUUCAGAGCGCAUCUGAAAAAAAAGAAAGGCUGAUUUGUAAAGGGACCCUUAAUGUGUACACUUUGUUUUUCGCCAUGAAAUAAACAUUGUUUCUGGAAAGUGCCUCAAAA